UCAUUUAUCAAUCAAUUUGUGCUCUUGUGGAAAACACUAAUGAGAUGUGUUUAUAAAUUUAAAUUUUUAUUUUUAUGGAAAUGUCCCGUAGAAGUCAAGACAUUCCUAUCCGACCACGCUAUGGUAUACCAGACACAACAGAAGACGACAAUAACAGUCCAAUAGAGCGCACGAAGCAAAGAACUAGAAAGACUCCACCGAGCGCUAUGGAACCUUCAUCAUACAGUGAAAUUCCUUUUCUUGCACAAUAUCCAGAUAGGGAUAUUUCCGCACAAGGGAUAGAACGUAUACAACGUGCAAGUGCAGAAGGGGAUAAAGCCGAACGCACCGUUAUUGGCGAACCAGGUGUUGAAUACGAUGAUGAGGAUGAUAAUUCAAACUCCAAAGACAGUUCGUACGAGGAUAAUAAAACACCUAUGCGGCCUAACUCAUUGCACUGCGAUUCCUCUUUUCCCUACGAGUUGGAGGGUGCGACCAGUACAGAUGGCGAAAUGCGACAUUUUGUGGCCGAUAAUCUAGAGGAAAAAAUACGAAGCGAUCAACAGAGUUAUGCUUCACAUAAUAGCACACCUUCCGCCGCUAAUGCGAGCGGUGGCUUGCUUACACGUCGUUUCUUACAAACUCAGCGACCUCAAAUUGAUGCGAAUGUUUUAAAUGACAUUGAGAUCGAAGCGCAAUAUUUGGCUGCGUCAGUGGAUAAUUUGAUGGAAAACCUUUGCAAUUUGCUGCAUUCAAUAUCUUCAAUUACUGCUGAUAACGUGGAGGUGCAUAAAAACGCAGUAAAUAAACUUACCGACAGUAUGGAUGCUAAUAUCAAAUGCAUGUACACCAUAAUGGCAAAAACAGAAGAAAUUACUAAGUCCAUGAAGCCAACAGAGCAGCUAGGUCAAAGGAUUCGUGAAAUCAAGCGCCUUGUGGAUAUGCUGGAUGGCACUAUGUAGGACCAACCGUUGGUGGUAAAUGGUAAUUUACCGAAAACCGCCUGUCCCCUUAUUUAAUUACACACACUAUUGGUAGUAUUAUAAACGAGUUAUUAAAAUUAUUAUAAAAAUGAAUAUCUGAACUACAUAAUUGUAUAGAAAUAUAAAAUAGUUGUAUGCACAA